UGCUGUUUAUUGCUCCCUUCUAUAGCUAGCAGAAGAGAAUCUAAUCUUUCAAAAGACAAGAAAGUUGUUUUGGGAAAGGACAAGGUGCUUUCUUACGGUGUCGACCUCUUGCAGUUGAAGAAGGCAUAUAAAAGUGGGUCAUUGGACCUCAAGAUAAAGGCAGAUUAUUCAAAUGCAAAAGAGCUUAAAUCUCUUUUAGCUAAUGGUUCACUUGUCAAGUCUUUGCUCAGUGUCAGUGUUCGAGGUCGACUUGCAGUCGGGGAAGGUGAUAAAGUUGCUAUAUUUGAUGUUGGACAAUUAAUAGGACAAGCAACUAUUGCACCUGUGACUGCGGACAAGGCCAAUGUUAAACCUCUAUCAAGAAAUAUCGUUCGCUUUGAAAUUGUUCAUCUUGUUUUUAAUUCAGUUGUGGAGAACUACCUUGCUGUGGCAGGUUUUGAAGACUGUCAGGUCCUUACUGUGAAUCCUCGUGGUGAAGUGACUGAUCGCCUUGCCAUUGAGCUUGCUCUACAAGGUGCAUAUAUUAGACGGAUAGAUUGGGUUCCUGGUUCGCAGGUUCAGUUGAUGGUGGUUACUAAUAGAUUUGUUAAGAUAUAUGAUCUCGCCCAGGACAACAUUAGUCCUAUGCACUACUUCACAUUGCCAGAUGACAUGAUUGUUGAUGCGACUCUUUUUACAGCAUCUCAAGGAAGGUUGUUUCUUCUUGUCCUUUCAGAGAAUGGGAUCUUAUUUAGGUUUCAAUUGUCAGUUGAAGGUAAUGUGGGAGCCACGGUUUUGAAGGAUAUUAUUCAGAUUAAGGGCCGAGAAAUUCAUGCAAAGGGCUUGUCAUUAUACUUCUCUUCGACGUAUAGGUUGCUGUUCCUGGGUUAUCAAGAUGGCACUUCUUUGAUGGGUCGGUUAGGUCCUGAUGCAACAUCUCUAACUGAAAUAUCUUGUAUUUUUGAGGAGGAGCAGGACAGUAAGCUGAGACCCAGUGGAUUGCAUCGUUGGAGAGAAUUGCUGGCUGGCAGCGGAUUGUUUGCUUGCUUCUCCACAGUGAAAUCCAAUGCUGCAUUUGUUGUAUCCGUUGGUGCUGAUGAGUUGUUUGCACAGAACUUAAGACAUGCAGCUGGGUCAACAUCUCCUUUAGUUGGGAUAACUGCUUACAAGCCUUUAUCAAAAGACAAGGUCCAUUGUCUAGUUUUACAUGAUGAUGGCAGUCUUCAUAUAUACUCUCAUAUCCCAGUGGGAGCUGAUGCUAGUGCUGGUGUGACAGCUGAGAAAGUUAAAAAGCUGGGUUCUAAUAUCCUCGAUAAGGCUUAUGCUGGUAUAAAGCCAGAAUUCCCUCUUGAUUUCUUUGAGAAAACUGUUUGCAUCACAUCGGAUGUCAAACUUGGUGGUGAUGCCAUCAGAAAUGGUGAUUCUGAAGCCGCUAAACAGAGCUUAGCAUCUGAGGAUGGCUUUUUAGAGAGCCCCAGCACUGCAGGAUUUAAGAUAUCUGUCUCCAAUUCAAACCCUGAUAUUGUCAUGGUUGGUUUCCGUAUCCAUGUGGGUAACACAUCAGCAAACCAUAUACCUUCAGAGAUUACCAUUUUCCAGAGGGUGCUUAAGUUAGAUGAGGGCAUGCGUUCCUGGUAUGAUAUACCAUUUACAGUUGCUGAAUCACUUCUUGCUGAUGAAGAGUUUAUCAUCUCGGUUGGGCCGACCUUCAAUGGCACUGCAUUGCCUAGAAUAGAUUCACUUGAAGUCUAUGGCCGAGCUAAAGAUGAAUUUGGUUGGAAGGAGAAAAUAGAUGCAGUUCUGGAUAUGGAAGCUCGGAUGCUUGGAUGCAAUUCAUUGCUUGUGGGGUCUCGGAAAAAAUGUCGGUCAACGCAGCCUUCUUCUAUUCAGGAGCAGGUGGUAGCAGAUGGUCUUAAGCUUCUUUCAAUGGUUUACUCACUGUGUAGAUUGCAAGAAGAGGAAGAUAAACUGGAGCUUAGUGAACUCAAGUGCAAGCAGCUAUUAGAAACAAUAUUUGAAAGUGACAGGGAGCCCUUGAUCCAGGCUGCGGCUUGCCGUGUCUUGCAGGCUGUCUUUCCUAAGAAAGAGAUUUAUUAUCAAGUUAAGGACACCAUGCGGCUUCUUGGGGUCGUCAAAGCAACUUCUGCUUUAUCUUCAAGGCUGGGAAUUGGUAGCGCAGGGAGCUGGAUUAUUGAAGAGUUUAAUGCCCAGAUGCGUGCAGUAUCUAAGAUUGCAUUGCACCGUCGAUCCAAUUUGGCUGUUUUCUUGGAGAUGAAUGGUUCAGAAGUGGUUGAUGGGCUUAUGCAAGUCUUGUGGGGAAUUUUGGAAUUAGAGCAACCUGAUACUCAAACUAUGAACAACAUUGUGAUGUCCUCUGUGGAGCUUAUUUAUAGUUAUGCUGAAUGUCUGGCUUCACACGGAAAGGAUGCAGGGAGCCAUUCCGUAGCUCCUGCUGUUACAAUAUUGAGAAAACUUCUUUUCUUCCCUAAUGAGGCUGUUAAAACUUCCAGCAGCUUGGCAAUAUCAUCAAGAUUGCUCCAGGUCCCAUUCCCAAAGCAAACUAUGUUAGCGGCAGAUGAUGCGGUAGAAAAUGCGGUAUCUGUCCCUAUGCCGGUGAGAGCAGCUGGCAGAUAUACACAAGUGGUUGAAGAUGAUUCUAUUACUUCAUCUGUUCAGUACUGUUGUGAUGGUUGCUCCACCGUUCCAAUACUAAGGCGGAGAUGGCAUUGCACUGUUUGUCCAGAUUUUGAUUUAUGUGAGGCAUGCUAUGAAGUGUUAGAUGCAGAUCGGCUUCCCCCGCCCCAUUCUAGAGAUCAUCCAAUGACCGAUCCAAUAGAAGUGGAAUCAUUAUCUGAUGGUAACGAAAUUCAUAGAUGGGUAUCAGAUGUCCUCUGCAGCUACAUAAAUAAUCACAUGCAACAUUGUAGAAGAUAUGCAAGGAGACUUUUUCUUCAUCUCUGUGGAAGCAAAACUCACUACUAUAGUGUUCGAGAUUCUUGGCAAUUUUCAAGUGAAAUGAAGAAACUCUACAAACAUGUUAAUAAAUCUGGUGGUUUUCAAAAUCCUGUUCCGUAUGAAAGAAGUGUUAAGAUAGUGAAGUGUCUGUCUACGAUGGCUGAAGUAACUGCUUCACCGCCUCGAAAUUGGCAGAAGUAUUGUGUAAGGCAUGGAGAUGUUUUGCCUUUUCUUCUGAAUGGAGUAUUUUAUUUCUGUGAAGAGUCUGUUAUCCAGACUCUAAAACUUCUAAAUUUAGCUUUCUAUUCAGGAAAGGAUAUGAGCCACACUUUACAGAAGACUGAAGUAGUGGAUUCAGGAACAAGUUCAAACAAAUCAGGCACACAGUAUAUGGAUUCAAAAAAGAAGAGGAAAGGUGAAGAUGGAAAUGAUUCUGGUUCGGAAAAGUCAUAUUUGGAUAUGGAAGCAGUUGUUGAUAUUUUCGCUGACAAAAAUGGAGAUGUCUUGAGACAAUUUAUUGAUUGCUUUUUACUUGAAUGGAAUUCAAGCUCUGUGCGUGCAGAAACCAAGUAUGUUCUUUGUGGGCUGUGGCAUCAUGGGAAGCAAUCAUUCAAGGAAACCAUGUUGACAGCUCUCUUGCAGAAAGUUAAAUGCUUGCCAAUGUAUGGUCAGAAUAUUGUUGAGUAUACUGAACUUGUUACCUGGUUGCUUGGGAAGGCUCCCGAUAAUGGUACAAAACAACAGAAUGGUGAAAUUGUGGACCGUUGUUUGACCUCUGAUGUAAUAAAGUGCAUUUUUGAUACAGUUCAUUCUCAAAAUGAGCUUAUAGCUAAUCAUCCAAAUUCCCGCAUAUACAGCACUCUGAGUGGUCUGGUGGAUUUUGAUGGUUACUAUCUUGAGAGUGAGCCUUGUGUUGCCUGUAGCUCUCCAGAGGUGCCUUACAGCAGAAUGAAAUUAGAAAGUCUGAAGUCUGAGACGAAGUUUACUGACAACCGCAUCAUUGUGAAAUGCACUGGAAGUUACACCAUCCAGACUGUGACCAUGAAUGUUCAUGAUGCUCGUAAAUCAAAAUCAGUAAAAGUCCUGAACUUGUAUUACAACAAUCGACCCGUGUCUGACUUGUCAGAGCUAAAAAAUAAUUGGUCUUUGUGGAAGCGUGCAAAGAGUUGUCAUCUUGCUUUCAACCAGACUGAGCUCAAGGUGGAAUUUCCAAUUCCAAUAACCGCAUGUAACUUCAUGAUUGAGCUGGAUUCAUUCUAUGAAAAUCUUCAAGCCUUGUCUCUUGAGCCAUUGCAAUGCCCACGCUGCAGUCGACCUGUCACUGAUAGGCAUGGAAUUUGCAGCAAUUGCCAUGAGAAUGCAUAUCAAUGCAGGCAAUGCCGGAACAUCAAUUAUGAGAAUUUGGAUUCUUUCCUUUGCAAUGAAUGUGGAUAUAGCAAAUAUGGUCGUUUUGAGUUCAACUUCAUGGCAAAGCCUAGUUUUACAUUUGAUAACAUGGAGAAUGAUGAAGAUAUGAAAAGGGGAUUGGCAGCAAUAGAAUCUGAAUCAGAAAAUGCUCAUAGGAGAUAUCAGCAACUUCUUGGCUUCAAGAAACCCCUUCUCAAGAUUGUAUCAAGCAUUGGCGAAAAUGACAUGGAUUCACAACAGAAGGAUUCAGUGCAACAAAUGAUGGUUUCUAUGCCUGGACCUUCAUGCAAGAUAAACCGCAAGAUUGCACUUCUGGGUGUCCUAUAUGGCGAGAAGUGCAAAGCUGCUUUUGAUUCUGUCAGCAAAAGUGUGCAGACACUGCAAGGGCUCCGUCGGGUUUUGAUGAAUUAUUUGCACCAGAAACACUCGGAUAAUUUGGUUUCUGCUUCAAGAUUUGUAGUUUCCAGGUCUCCAAAUAAUUGCUAUGGUUGUGCUACUACUUUUGUGACACAAUGUCUUGAGAUACUACAGGUGCUAUCAAAGCAUCCAAAUUCUAAGAAACAAAUUGUAGCUGCUGGUAUCUUAUCUGAGUUGUUUGAAAAUAAUAUUCAUCAAGGUCCAAGAGCAACUCGUGUGCAAGCAAGGGCAGCUCUCUGUGCAUUUUCUGAAGGUGAUUUUAACGCAGUUGCUGAGCUGAACAAUUUGAUACAGAAGAAAGUUAUGUACUGCCUUGAACACUAUCGCUCCAUGGAUAUUGCACUGGCCACCCGUGAGGAACUGUUAUUGCUUUCAGAAGUGUGUUCCUUGGCGGAUGAACUCUGGGAGUCAAGGUUGCGUGUUGUUUUCCAAUUGCUUUUUUCUUCUAUUAAAUUGGGUGCCAAGCAUCCUGCUAUAUCAGAGUAUAUUAUUCUUCCUUGCCUGAGGAUUAUAUCUCAGGCGUGUACUCCUCCAAAGCCUGAUACAACAGAUAAAGAGCAAGGUGUGGGAAAAUCAGCUUCUUCUACACAACUAAAGGAUGACAAUAGCUCUAGUAUAUCUGGAUCUCUAGGUGGUAUUGCUCUUAAAUCUGUCACUGAAUCUUCGGAGAAUAGUUGGGAUGUUUCUCAUAAGGCUCAAGAUAUCGAAUUGCUAAGUUAUUCAGAAUGGGAGAGGGGAGCAUCAUAUCUUGACUUUGUUAGAAGACAAUACAGAGUUUCUCAGGCUGUUAAAGGCAGUGGCCAGAGGUCUCGAACUCAAAGAAUUGAUUACUUGGCUAUCAAAUAUGCUCUUAGGUGGAAACGCCGUGUUUCAAAAGCAGCUAAAAGCGACUUACAAGCGUUUGAGCUCGGUUCAUGGGUUACAGAACUUGUUCUGAGUGCUUGUUCUCAAUCUAUUAGAUCAGAAAUGUGCAUGUUAAUCAGUUUACUCUGUGCUCAGAGUUCGACAAAACGUUUUCGGCUGUUAAAUUUGUUAAUGGGUUUGUUGCCAGCGACUCUUCCAGCUGGUGAAAGUGCUGCUGAAUAUUUUGAAUUGCUAGUCAGGAUGAUUGACUCAGAAGAGGCUCGUCUUUUCUUGACUGUAAGGGGCUGUCUAACAAUAAUUUGUAAAUUAAUUACCCAAGAGGUGGGUAAUAUUGAAUCUUUAGAAAGGAGUCUGCAUAUUGACAUUUCCCAAGGGUUCAUUCUCCACAAGCUCAUUGAGCUUCUUGGCAAAUUCUUAGAGGUCCCCAAUAUCAGAUCCAGGUUUAUGCGAGACAAUUUGCUGGCUGAAGUUUUAGAAGCCCUUAUUGUCAUUCGUGGGUUGAUAGUGCAGAAGACAAAAUUAAUUAGUGAUUGCAAUCGGCUUCUAAAAGAUCUUCUUGACAGUCUUCUGCUUGAAAGCAGUGAAAAUAAACGGCAGUUCAUCCGUGCCUGUAUUUGUGGUCUGCAAACGCACAGGGAGGAGAGGAAAGGAAGAACUUGUUUGUUUAUCCUAGAGCAGCUUUGCAACCUGAUCUGCCCGUCAAAACCAGAGGCUGUUUAUCUGUUGAUUUUAAAUAAAGCUCACACACAAGAAGAGUUUAUUAGGGGAUCAAUGACUAAGAAUCCAUAUUCCAGUGCUGAGAUUGGUCCAUUGAUGCGCGAUGUUAAAAAUAAAAUUUGUCACCAAUUGGAUUUGUUGGGUCUUCUAGAAGAUGACUAUGGCAUGGAGUUGCUUGUGGCUGGGAAUAUUAUCUCACUGGAUUUGAGCAUUGCUCAAGUCUAUGAGCAAGUAUGGAAGAAGUCAAGUAGUCAAUCCUCGAAUGUCUUGGCUAAUGCUGCCUUGUUAUCUUCUAAUUCUGCAACAUCAACAAGAGACUGUCCACCUAUGACAGUGACAUAUCGGCUCCAGGGAUUAGAUGGUGAAGCUACCGAACCUAUGAUCAAGGAAUUGGAGGAAGACAGAGAAGAAUCACAAGAUCCAGAGGUUGAGUUUGCAAUAGCAGGUGCAGUUCGUGAAUAUGGUGGACUGGAAAUUUUGCUGGGUAUGAUCCAGCGUUUGAGAGAUGAUUUCAAGUCCAAUCAAGAGCAGCUUGUUGCUGUUCUCAAUCUCCUUAUGCACUGCUGCAAGAUUAGAGAGAACAGAAGGGCGUUGCUAAGUCUAGGAGCUUUGGGUCUUCUUCUUGAAACAGCUAGACGUGCCUUUUCUGUGGAUGCCAUGGAGCCAGCUGAAGGCAUUCUUUUGAUUGUUGAGAGUCUGACACUGGAGGCAAAUGAAAGUGACAACAUUAACAUCUCUCAAAGUGUUCUUACUGUCACUAGUGAAGAAAGUGGCACCGGAGAACAGGCAAAGAAAAUAGUUCUUAUGUUCCUGGAAAGACUUUGCCACCCAUCAGGGCUUAAGAAAUCAAAUAAACAACAGAGGAACACUGAGAUGGUUGCAAGAAUCUUGCCAUAUUUAACUUAUGGUGAGCCUGCAGCAAUGGAAGCACUCAUCCAGCAUUUUAGUCCUUAUUUGCGUGACUGGGCCGAAUUUGACCAGUUGCAGAGACAACACCUGGAUGACCAAAAAGAUGAGAGGAUCGCUCAGCAAGCAAUCAAGCAGAGGUUCACAGUGGAAAAUUUUGUAAGAGUCUCAGAAUCACUUAAGACAAGUUCCUGUGGGGAGAGAUUAAAAGACAUAAUUUUAGAGGAAGGCAUAACAGGUGUUGCUGUUAAGCAUCUGAGGGAGAGUUUUGCAGUUGCAGGGCAAGCUGGCUUUAAAUCUAGUCCAGAAUGGACAUCAGCUUUGAAACUUCCGUCUGUACCGCAUAUAUUGUCUAUGUUAAGGGGCUUGUCAAUGGGGCACUUGGCCACCCAAAGUUGCAUUGAUGAGGGAGGUAUCUUACCUUUGCUUCAUGCUUUGGAAGGUGUUUCUGGAGAAAAUGAGAUUGGGGCAAGGGCUGAAAAUUUGUUAGAUACCCUAUCUUCUAAGGAAGGAAAAGGAGAUGGAUUCUUGGAGAAAAAAGUGUGUGCACUCCGCCAUGCCACAAGGGAUGAAAUGAGGCGUCGAGCUUUAAGAAAGAGAGAGGAGCUACUUCAGGGACUUGGAAUGCGUCAAGAACUAGCUUCAGAUGGUGGUGAAAGAAUUAUUGUUGCACGACCACUUUUGGAAGGCCUGGAAGAUUUGGAGGAGGAGGAAGAUGGGUUGGCCUGCAUGGUGUGUCGAGAAGGAUAUAGUCUUAGGCCUACCGACUUGCUGGGUGUAUACUCUUACAGCAAAAGGGUGAACCUUGGUGUUGGCACUUCAGGAAGUGCUCGUGGAGAGUGUGUUUAUACUACUGUCAGCUAUUUCAAUAUUAUUCACUUUCAGUGCCACCAGGAGGCCAAAAGAGCAGAUGCCGCUCUGAAGAAUCCAAAGAAAGAGUGGGAGGGGGCCACUCUCCGAAACAAUGAAUCUCUCUGCAAUUCCUUGUUUCCUGUGAGAGGUCCAUCUGUUCCAUUAGCACAGUAUGUACGCUCUGUUGACCAGUACUGGGAUAAUCUCAAUGCUCUUGGCCGUGCUGAUGGAAGCAGACAGCUAUUGACUUAUGACAUUGUCCUGAUGCUAGCUCGAUUUGCCACGGGGGCAUCAUUCAGUGCUGAAAGCAGAGGUGGGGGAAGAGAAAGCAACUCACGGUUUUUGCCUUUCAUGAUUCAGAUGGCAUGUCACCUUCUUGAUCAAGGAAGCCCCUCUCAACGCUGCAGCAUGGCGAAAGCUGUAUCAUCAUAUAUAACCUCUAGCCCAGAUUCCCGACCAACUGGUGGAGGGGAGCCUUCUCUGGGUACUGAGGAAACUGUCCAAUUCAUGAUGGUAAACUCACUUCUUUCAGAGUCUUAUGAGUCCUGGUUGCAGCAUCGUCCCGCCUUCUUGCAAAGAGGAGUAUACCAUGCUUACAUGCAGCACACACAUAAUCGUUCUGGAAGUACAAGCAAAAGCCCUGCAACAGAAUCAGGAGGUAGUGAUGAGCUGCUUUCUAUUGUUCGACCAAUGCUUGUCUAUACAGGGUUGAUUGAGCAGCUGCAGCAGUUUUUCAAGGUCAAGAAGAAGGCAAAUGUUGGAUCCGCCAAAAUAGAAGGGAAUACUACAGGUAUAGAAGCGGAGGAUGAUGGUGGGAGUUUGGAAGGUUGGGAGGUUGCAAUGAAAGAGCAACUGCUGAACGUGAGGGAAAUGGUGGGAUUCUCCAAGGAGUUAUUAUCAUGGCUUGAUGACAUGAAUUCUGCAAGUGACUUGCAGGAGGCAUUUGAUGUUAUUGGUGUUUUUGCUGAUGUAUUGUCUGGUGGGUUUACAAGGUGUGAAGAUUUUGUCCAAGCCGCAAUUGAUGCAGGGAAAAGCUGCUGAUACUAUGCUAUAGUAGGAGCGUUUGUGUGUUGUAAAAUCUAUCACACUCGUUAAUGGCGUUUGCGGUGAAGCUGUUAUAAUCUUUUUUUCUGUUAUCGGAUGAGCAUGUAAAGUUGACAUCAUUUUACUUUACCCCACGAGUCACGGGGUUUAGUAUCAUUUUUGCUCCUUAAUAAUAAAGCAAUUUCCUGCAA